CUUCUUCAAGUUCAAAUCAAAUACGGUUGCACCGCCUCAUCUCUCCAUUUCUUCAUCUUCCCCCUUUCUCUCUUAUGGCCUCUUCAUCUGCGAGCCUUGAGAGAUCUGUGAAUUCCCAUCCAACGACCUUCUCAUUCCCCAACCAUCUCAUGACUACUUCGUUUUCCGACCUUCUCACCGGCGACGAUGACGCCCACUCUCAGAAGCAAGACCAAAUUACGGUCAGCAGAGGACUGUCUGAUCAUAUUGCCGAUAGAACUGGAGCCGGUGUUCCAAAGUUCAAGUCUAUUCCACCUCCUUCAUUACCCAUCUCUCCUCCAUCUAUUUCUCCUUCUUCUUACUUCGCUAUACCGCCAGGGUUGAGCCCAGCUGAACUGUUGGAUUCUCCUGUCCUUCUCUCCGCUUCUAAUCUUCUACCAUCUCCUACGACUGGGAAAUUUCUCUCUCAAGCAUCCAACUGGAGAAAUAAUUCAUUCAACUACCAGCCAAGUGUCAAGCAGGAAGACAAAAACUCGGAUUUCUCCUUCCAACCCCAAACCAGGCCCGCUAUGGGAUCGGCAUCCAUGUUUCAGUCCUCUACCACUACGAUUCCUAAGGACGAAAACUCGAAAGGACUUGAGCAAGCCUGGAAUUAUCAAGAACCCACCAAGCAAAGUGGUUUCUCAUCUGGGAAGUCCAUGGUGAAGUCCGAAUUUGCUCCGCUUCAGAGCUUCUCACCCGAGAUUUCCAGCAUCCAAGCUAACGCCCAAAACAACGGCGGAUUCCAAUCUGAUUUUAACCAGUGUCCUCAACCUUCUCAGUCCCUCAGAGAGCAAAGGAGAUCAGAUGAUGGUUAUAAUUGGAGGAAAUAUGGGCAGAAACAGGUGAAAGGAAGCGAGAACCCACGUAGUUAUUACAAGUGCACCUACCCAAAUUGCCCAACUAAGAAGAAAGUGGAGAGGUCUUUGGAUGGACAGAUAACCGAGAUAGUGUACAAGGGUACCCACAACCACCCCAAGCCUCAGUCAACCAGAAGAUCAUCAUCGUCGUCGUCGUGCUCUCAGCAAAUCCAACCCUCUGCAGCCCCCACCCUAUAUAUCCCUGACCAAUCAUUCGCAACUAGAGGGAGUUCUCAAAUGGAGUCCGCCGCUGCAACCCCGGAGAACUCUUCAAUUUCGAUGGGGGAUGACGAUUUUGAUCAGACCUCUCAGAUGAGUAAAUCAGCUGGAGACGAUUUAGAAGAAGAUGAACCCGAUGCCAAACGAUGGAAGAAAGAGGGUGAAAAUGAGGGUAUUUCAGCUGCUGGGAGCAGAACUGUGAGAGAACCAAGAGUUGUAGUUCAAACGACAAGCGACAUUGAUAUUCUCGAUGACGGUUACCGAUGGAGAAAAUAUGGGCAGAAAGUAGUGAAGGGGAACCCCAAUCCGAGGAGCUACUACAAGUGCACAAACGCAGGAUGCCCAGUGAGGAAGCAUGUGGAGAGAGCAUCCCACGACCUGAGGGCUGUGAUUACGACUUACGAGGGGAAACACAACCACGACGUUCCUGCCGCUCGUGGCAGCAGUAGUCAUUCUUCAAUCACUAGACCCUCCUCCUCCUCCGAUAACAACAGUGCGGGAGCAACUAUGGCUAUAAGGCCUACAGCUACAGCCAGGCCCAGCACUAACAUCAAUCAGAACUCCUCCUCGUCGACCAACCCCCUCCACAGCUCUCAAGGUCAAGCUCAAACACCCUUUACACUCGAAAUGUUGCAGAGCCCCAGCAGUUUCGGAUUCUCAGGAUUCGGAAACUCCAUGUCCAUGGCCUCCUCCUACAUGAACCAAUCCCAACAAUCGGACACUGUUUUUUCUUCUAGAGCCAAAGAAGAGCCCAGGGACGACUUGUUUCUUGAGUCGCUGCUUUGUUGAAAUUUGCUAUUUAACUUUUUUUUAGUUAAAUGGAACAACGGGGGGACGGACGGGCUACGGGCUACGGUUUCGAAACGAUUCAUAACAAUAAUAAAAUUAAGGAAAAUGGUCAAAUUUGUUUGGUUAUUGUGUAAUGUAUAUUUUGUAGGGAUUUUGGUUUGUAAAUUUUUUUUUUUUCUCCCUAAAACCGAUAUGGAGUUGGCUUCAUUUGUUCAUUUGUUCGGAGGCUCUUCUUUUGAUUGGGUUCAGGGAAGGCCUCAUUUCAUACAUGUAUCAUCAAGUAUGGAACAAAAUGGAUUCACAUAUAAAGAGACAUAGAUUUAAUUCGGUUC